AUGAUGUUCGUGUCUUGGUCAGAUCAGAACAACAUUCUCAUCUAUCGGACAUUUGAAGACUUUAAGAAAUUCCAUAAAGAGCUGAAGAGAAAAUUCCCCAUCGAGAGCGGCUCAGUCAAGAGAUCCAGCCGGACAAUACCCAGCUUUAAAGAUGCAAAUACAAAGCAGAGGAAGAGUGGGAAGCUGAACAGGUGCCUGGAGGUACUGAAACUGCUGGAAACUUACUCCCAGGAGCUGCUGAAAACGGGUGCUAAAAUCUCCCAGGGGGAAGACGUGAUUCAGUUUUUCAAGGCACAGACCCAAGACCUUGAUCCCUCCUUUCCUGAAAACAGCCUUGUGAUCAUGCCAUCAGAAAUUGGAGGGGAGAAGAAAAACCGGCUCCCCUCUAUUACAGAUCCUCAGGCAUCCCAGAGCUACCGAUGCAUCGAAACCUUUGAAACCAAAGACACAAAGAACAAGGCUUUCAAAGUCUCUGAGAAGGAAAUCGUUGAAGUGUUAAUCAAGGACAUGACUGGAUGGUGGCUGGUGGAAAACACAGACAAGCAGAUAGCCUGGUUCCCAGCCUCCUACCUGGAAGAGAUUGACGUCCACAAGGACGUCCAGAAUGCCUUGAGCUCCAACCAGGAGGGCAGCCUGUACUUCGUUGUGCGGGCCUACGAGUCUCAGAAGGCAGACGAGCUCUCGCUGAACAACGGCGUCGUGGUGGAGGUGGUCAGGAAAUCCGACAACGGGUGGUGGCUGAUCCGAUACGACGGCUGCACUGGCUACAUGCCCUCCAUGUGCCUCCGGCCCUACACAAACCCCCACCACAAGCUCCAGACCAUCAUGACCCGCGGGCUCAACAUCUCCACCCCAAACCUCUGCUCCUCUCUGCUGGCUCCGCAGCCCCGGGGCGAGGCCACGGAUCAGCGCGGGGCACAGGCUUGCUCUUCCCUUGACGGGACCGAAGAGGACCUGAGCGCUCCGAAAGAGCAGGCCAGGAGCUCUGCCCUGGGGCACGCCUCGGCCACGCACAGCAGCAAGUCUCCGCGCCUCACCCACGAGGACAGGAACGAUUCCGGCUUCGUGGAGUCGUCUGCAGCGGAUCUCAGCGACUCCCUCACUGACCCCGACUCAGCCGCUUGCGUCCCCAAGGUGCCCGCGCGCCCCUCGGCCCACGAGAUCCUCCAGAAGUGCAGCACGGUCACCAAGCGAGCCGUGCAGCAGUGCUAA